AUGCCCCCCGUCAUCCACCUCGUCCGCCAUGCCCAGGGCGUCCACAACCUGUGCACCGCAAACCAUGUCGUCCACGAUCCCCUCCUGACCGAUCUCGGCAACGAACAAUGUCGCCAGCUCCGCCAGCGCUUCCCCUUCCAUGACCAGGUGGAGCUGGUCACGGCGUCGCCGCUCCGCCGAACCAUCUACACCGCGUACGAGAGCUUCAAGCCUGUGUUCGCGAAGCACACGGAUAUGAAGCUGGUGCUGCUGCCGGAUGUACAAGAGACUAGCGACGUCGCCUGUGAUACAGGGAGUGAUCCAGACGCCCUGCAGAAGGAGAUGGAUGAGAAGCGGGUCCCGGUAGACCUGAGUCUGGUGCAUGAGGGGUGGAAUACCAAGACUGGCCGCUAUGCGCCCACCAAUGCGGCGAUCAAGAACCGUGCCCGCGAGGCCCGACGGUGGUUGAAGGCGAGACCGGAGAAGGAGAUUGUGGUUGUCACGCACGGUGGCUUCCUGCACUAUUUCACAGAGGACUGGGAGGAUAGCAGUGAAUACCAGGCUGACUUCGCGGGGGUCCACAAAGGAACCGGCUGGCAUAACACGGAAUUCCGCACCUUUGUCUUUACCGAGGAAACGCACCUGGAUGAUCUGGAGGGGUAUCCCUUAGAAGGCGACAAUGCGACGAUAGUUGAGACACCGGAGUCGCGCGCGCGCCGUGGCAAGGACGGCCCCGCGCUCGACCGUGAGCGACAAAGGAUAUUGUACAAGAUCGGUGUGCAGGGAUGGGAUGACCAAGGUCUACAGCUUAGCAUAGCCGAGCGGGAGGCGGCCAAGGUGCCGGAGGGUAAAGAGGUGGAUGGUGUCAGAAUAUAA